UUUCCUCUCUCAUUCUCUCUCUCUCUAAAAGAUAUUUUUCCUUCACUUUCUCUCUCUAAAAAAAAGUCUCUCAGCGAUGGCUCCCAAUGGCGUUAUUGAAAAGACCGGAGCCGGCUUGAUCGUCUCGUUCGGCGAGAUGCUCAUCGACUUCGUCCCGACCGUGUCCGGCGUGUCGCUCGCCGAGGCUCCGGGAUUCCUCAAGGCUCCCGGCGGCGCUCCGGCCAACGUGGCGAUCGCCGUCUCGAGGCUCGGAGGGAAAGCGGCGUUCGUCGGGAAACUCGGCGACGACGAGUUCGGGCACAUGCUGGCCGGAAUUCUGAGGGAAAACGGCGUCGUCGACGAAGGGAUCAACUUCGACAAGGGCGCGCGCACGGCGCUCGCGUUCGUGACUCUACGCGCCGACGGAGAGCGCGAGUUCAUGUUUUACAGAAACCCUAGCGCCGAUAUGCUCCUCACUCCCGACGAACUCAAUCUUGAUCUCAUUCGAUCCGCCAAAGUUUUUCACUAUGGAUCCAUAAGCUUGAUUGUGGAGCCAUGCAGAACAGCACACCUAAAGGCAAUGGAGGUGGCCAAAGAUGCUGGUCUCCUGCUCUCCUAUGACCCCAACCUCCGGCUACCACUGUGGCCAUCGCCGGAGGAGGCCCGUGUGCAGAUUAAGAGCAUUUGGGAUAAGGCUGAUUUGAUCAAAGUUAGUGAUGUGGAGCUUGAGUUCCUCACAGGGAGUAAUAAGAUUGAUGACGAAUCUGCAAUGUCACUGUGGCACCCCAACUUGAAGCUCCUCCUUGUCACUCUUGGUGACUUGGGCUGCAGAUACUAUACCAAGAACUUCCAUGGAGAGGUAGAGGCUUUCCGUGUCAACACAGUGGAUACAACUGGUGCUGGAGAUUCAUUUGUUGGUGCCCUACUCUGCAAGAUCGUUGAUGACCAAUCCAUACUAGAAGAUGAACCAAGAUUGAGGGCCGUUCUCAAAUUUGCAAAUGCAUGUGGAGCCAUUACAACUACCAAAAAGGGAGCAAUCCCUGCCCUUCCAACCGAGUCUGAUGCCCUCAGCCUGAUUAAAGGAGGAGCUUAAAAGACUUGGUUGUGCUUCAUUGUUCCAACCACUUUUUUCUUUGGAGCACUUUUUUUUUAAUGCUUUUGUAAUUUUUGCAUAGGAUUUGCUUUUUUCUGUUCAACUAAAAAGGGUUUGAAGUUUGAACCCGCUCAUUUUUACUCCUUUUUCCCUGCCUGUAAUGACGGGAAGGCUUGUGUUUCGAGGCAUUAAUAAUAAACCUUUUUUUAAA